UAUGGGGGGUGAAAUGUCAACAUUGUGAAUCUAUUCCCACAGUAUUUAACAAAUGCAUGACUUGAAAUAAUGACACUUGAACGUGUUCUUACUCAGGCAUAGGACGUCUCCCUUUGUUCUGUCACCUCUAAGCUAGCAUCCAGAUUUUUAAAUAUGGAUUGGAAUUAAUUUAGUAUUACAGGGCAUGGGCCUAGAGUUUAUGAAAUACACUUUAAAGCGUGUGUAAAGACUGCAUGGGAAUUAAAACUGACUACAUAGAUGGUGUUGAAAUUACGUAAAUCAUUACAGAUGAUAUAUUCGGCACUAUAUGUUUUUUUUAUCCGCUUCGAUGAGGCCAGACAAUAUCUGACAAAAAGAGUUAAAAAAAAUGUGACAUAUAAAAACCGGUCCUGGUUCCAACAAAUGGGCGUGCGUCAGAUACACAUGCACCCAUGUUCACCAAUCACGUUCAGAGCUGAGAGAAAUGUGAGGCAAGGUGCUACCCGCGCGUGAGGCGAACACGUUGUUACCCGUGCGUGAGUAAUGCAGUCAUUGGACAGCGCCACUAAGUGGUCGUCACGUGAGUCCCUCUCAUCCACUCCCAGUCUCCCCUACAGCGAGAGCGAUCAGACUGAGGAUGAGGAUGACGUCUUUUCCUCUGAGGGGGAGGGAGGCAGGGCCCGACAGAAGCGGCUUUCCCUGGCAGCUGCCAGCCCUGCCCGCCUCUGCCCUGCAUGGUACCCCAGGUCCUUGCCAGAGGGGCAGCUGGGUGGGGCGGCCCACCGCGGGCAGCCCCCCAUUCCAGCCACCGUACCACCCACUGAGGGCGACAUGACUUUUGCUCAAAAGUGUUCAGAGCUCCAAGUGUACCUCAGGCCACUGCUGGAGCUGCUUAAUGGACUCAAAAUGGGCAGAUUUGAGAAAGGUCUGAAUACGUUCCAGCAAAGCGUUGCCAUGGAUAGACUGCAGAGGAUUGUGGGAGUGUUGCAGAAACCUCACUUGGGAGAGAAGUACCUGCAGACACUUGAGCGGAUUGAGAUGAUGCUGAAGGUGUGGUUUCCUCAGGUGCGCCUGGAACUCUGCUUGCCCGCUGAGAGCCAGUGCACCGUCCCCAGCUUUUACGUCCACUGGCACCAGGAUCAGCUGCACAUGCCUGUCAAAAAACGCAGGAGGAGCUGUUCAGACUCAGACUCGUCAGGCUCAAUUCCCCCAGUCUGCAAGCGGGCCCAUAUCUCCCCGUGUGGAAAUGGCAUGGAGACAGCAGAAGACACACCCCUGAGGGAGGAGUCGGUGAUAUCCAAACACAACGCCAAUCUGAGUGCCUCCUUCAGUAUCUCCUCGCUCAAGGACAAGCAGAGGGGUUGCUUGCCUCUACUGGUCAUCCCACCUCCUUCUGUGGGGAGCCAUACUGACACCCAGGACAGCUUCAUUUCUUCCACUACCCCCACUUCCCAUUCGCCAAACUUUACCCACGCUGAACUCCACCCACUGGGUAUCUGCAGCGAACAAGAUGCUGUGAGGGACAAUGAAGUAGAAGGGGCUAAGGUUAAAGCCACUGAGGCGAGUGAGCACAAUUUGAAGGUGGCUGGUCUUACAAAUAGUUCAUAUUGUAGUUUGUCUUGUUGCUCUGAGAACACGUGAGAUGCAAUGAGAUGCCAGUUUAUUGAUUUAUUGUGCUGGAUUUUAGAAAUUAGACAGCAGUUUGGGUUUUUUUUGAAAGCAUGUUGGAAAUGGAUGCUGAAAACAUCUUACUUGAUGUCUUAUUCUCUUUUUGCUUUAAUCAUAUGGUAAAUUCAGAUGGCCAUAGGAGUAUGAAAAUCCUAAUUCUUCUUGUGAAGUUCGCUGAGGCACUUCAUCUAAAUCGUACUACUUGAAGAUGAUAUACCGAAAUUCCUCAGUGUUAAAGAAGUGGUGUACAAGAUUCUCAGAAACAGAAGUUAGUGUUAUUGUCAGUUAAACUGGCUGCAGCUACUGUACCUGAUUAGCAUCACUUGAACCAGGGAUGUACUACUGGAAUCCCUUGCCCCCUUUUCCACCAACGCAAACUAGGGGGUAGUUCUGGUUCUAUGAACCACCAUAGAGCCACAUCAUUACGUCACUGUAUACAAUAACAAUGGUGGACUAGCAAGCAAGCCUAGCUACUAAUUUCUCACAUCAAUGUUAUGAACAUUGCAAAAAAAAAAAUGUAAAUGGUGAUCACAGUUUUAGUUGGUCACGAUAAUCCCGCAGCCAGCCCGUCACGGGCCUGUAAGCGGUUCUCGGUUCUAGAUCCAGUUUUCCUGGCCGAUAGCUGGUUCUUUGGCUGUCAAAAUGCAAAUAACUGGUUUGAGAUUAGGUGCUGGCUCCGAACCAGCCCUCAAACUGCCUUGGUGGGAAAGGUGUAACUCUGAGCCCAGAGAUAUGGUGGCCAUUUUAGUUUUCUGUUUAAAACAUGACGAUUAGGGGUGUUGUACUUCCGAAAACAAUCAAACACAGCUAGAACUGAGGCAUAAAACCAUCUUUUUUUAAACGGUUGAAGAAUACAUAACCGACAACUACAACAACGAUUAAGAAAACUGCCUGUGGUUCUCUGACCCCUAAGACUUGAAUUGUAAACAACCACUACAUUUAAAGUGCAAAAGAAGAAAUAUGAUUACAUGUGAGGAAUGUUUGGGUAAACCGUAUAGUCGUGGGCAUUUUUUCCAAGGGGUCAUUACUUGAAGAAACUGGACUACAAUCAGCCUUAAGGUGAUCCCUAAAACCCCAGGGACACUGUGUGGGGACAUCCAAUGAGACUCUGAUGAUUUGAUUAUUUAUUUUUGUGGUUCACCAGUAACACAUGCUGUCAUUGUGAUGUUUUUCUUAUCUUUGCUGUGUUACUUGGUAUUCUUUUCUAAGUAAAGAAAAGAGAAUUAAGUGUCAUUGCUAAAUGCGACUUGCACAUGAGUAUUCAAAGGCUUUCAAAGGAUGUGGCCAAUUAAUUUUUUUGACUAGGAAAGGAUAUUGUAUGUCCCUUUUUAGUUCUGUUUCAUUUUUAUUUUAUUACAUUUUUACACUUCUA